UAAACAAAACAGUUGAAAACACGUUCAACUAACAGAACUGCCGCAUGGAGCUGUCAUGAUACACGUUAUAGCCUUCAAUCUGCGACAAAGCCAAGUAAAAGAGUAGCCUGUUUAAGGACAACAGGUCUUGUGUUUCUCCAUGGAUGCUCGAGACUCCAGUGGAAGCACCACAAGGGAGGAGGGGCCCAGCAGUCCCUCCAAGGUGGCAUGCAGUGAGACCCACAAGGUACAGGUGGCAGUGAACCAUGGCCAGGGAUACCUUUGGGAUGUACGUGAUGUGUGGCAUUUGUGGCUUAACUGCCGCAUGGUGGGCUGCCUGGUGGGCUCACUGCCAAGGCAUCCUCAUCAGUCCUGCACUCUGGGACUUCCUUUGCUUCUCUUGCCUGAGGAGGUAACUCUACUUGUGGAGGAAGGACUAGGGGAAACUGUAACAUACAAGGAGAUGGAGGAGAAGCCAUCACAGACACUCAAAGACACCUUCAGUGAGUGUAGAGAAAGGUGCUACAGGGAGCAGGUGCAGGAGGCAGCCGUACAGCGAAGGGAGCAGGUGAAGAGGAUGGCAGACAAGAUCCUGGAGGGUAAAAGGAAGAAAUUCCUCAUAAAACAAAAGGAGAAAAAUGAGCAAGUUAAUGGAAGUGAGACCAAUGGAAGUGUGGAGGAAGAAUUUAUUCUUACCAGAGAGGAUGUGAUACAAGAGGAGGAAGCAAAACUACAACCUCUACCCCAACAUUUACAAAUAGUAGAGGUGUUCACCCGUCACCCACUUCUAGAUCAGCUGACCACGGAACAUUGCCCAUGGCAUUACCCGAUCACCCAAGAGGAGAGAGUGAGGUACAAGGUGUUCCGUGAUCUUUGGCAUCAGGGUCACUACCUCACUUCAGGCAUCAAGUUUGGGGGGAACUUUCUUGUGUAUGCCGGGGACCCUCACCUCUACCAUGCACAUGCCAUAGUGAGGUGUGUUGGGGAGCAGCAGCUACGUCAGGGAGGGGAAGUUGACUUGGUUGCUGCUGCUCGAGUGGCUGCAUCUACCAAGAAAACAUUUGUUCUUGCUAGCUUAGAUAACAAUGGGCGAGUACAGUACCGUUCCUACCACUGGUUUGAGGAAAAAGAGGAAGAUGAGGAGGAAAAUAUAAAUGAGAAUGAUGAGGAGUUGUAACAAAAGCUGAAAAAGAUGGAUCGUUGCUUGCUCAUGAGUGAUAUGGGAUUUUAAUGCUGUGAUAUUUUCAUUUAUGGAAUUUAAAUAUUUCCUUGCAAACUUUGCUCAACAUUGUAUACUUUGAAACUGUGUUGGAUUUAAACAUUUAUGAUUACA